AUGCUGAUCCAGCGUUCCCCUACUGUUGAGUGUGAAGAUGAAGGACAGGCUGAAGUACUCGAUGAUUUAUCUUUAUUGAACAACGGUAUGUAUUGCAGCCUAAGACAAAAAAAAAAAUCAAACAAAGGUGAAGAGGAAAUUAUGGCCCCGUUUAAUAAACUCUGGCUAUUCAAUGCAUCACUAGCGCAGCGCAACGGCCAUAAUGCAAAACUUGCUUGGAUUUUGCCUAAGUUUUCCAUUCCGGAUGGAUAUGCAACAAACCGGGGUAAACAGCCCAUUACCUUCCACCAGCAGGUCAAAAUAUCCCCACCACCUCCUCCCACUCUCGCCCUUUCCUUUGUUCUCUACUACAGUGGCGCUAGCAAACUCGGGCAAACUGCCAUAAAACUGAGGCAAAAUGCGGGAAUUUGCCUCGAUUUGCCUGUAGUGUGGGCCCAGGGUUAG